CCAUUUUCUAAGAUACACAGUUGUCAAACUACUAAUCGUAAAAGUUUAUCCAUUAUAUAUCAUAUUCUUUCAGAAACAUGAAUAUUUGUGGAAGUGUAUUUGUCUCAAAAGACGUGCUGAAUUUUGCUUUAAAAUGUUUAUAUUGUGAAGAAGAUAUAAAUGAGUGGGAAAGUUUUGUUAAUCACAUUCAAAGUUUGCACAAUAGCGACCUAGAGGAACCAUGCAUUGAUCCCAUAGUGGAAUUGGAUUAUAAAGAAAACAAUGCUUUAGAAUGGUUAAAAGAUGAAGUUAUGCCAUCCACUGAUGGCGAUCAUUGGAAUGAAAAUGUAGAUGCUUUAAAAGUGGAAGCACCUUCAGAUGGGGAAGCCUGUAAAACUGAGCCAACAGAAGACCCAGUUUCUGAUAAUGUCGGAGACCACAGUUAUGAUGAAGACAAUGACAGUAACUCUGACUCAGACUCUUCGCAAGAAUACCUAGAAAAAAAUAAACAAAAAGUUCCAAAAAAGUUUAAGCCAUCAUUUUAUAGGAAUAACAAAAACACAAACGCAUUCAUUGAAAUGUAUGAAAAAUCUCCUUGCUUAUGGAAUCCUAAUGACGAAAAUUAUAAUAAUAACACAGAACGUUCAAAAUGUAAAACUGAAAUGAUACAAGGGAUGGAACAAAGAUGUCAAAUAACAUUAACAUACAAAAAAUUGUGGGAGUGCUUUCGGGAGUUGCACAUGUUGUACAAGACAGUGGGGGAGGCCAUAGAGAAGAAAUCAGGUUCAAGAUACAAAAAAUUGUCUCCAACUGUGCUAGGAUAUUAUGAGAAGUGUUCAUUUCUCUCUGUAGCAUUAGAUGGAUUUUUGGAUAUAUUUGAAGAUACGCCAAAUACUGCUAGGAACAUAAGCUUUGCUUCUAAAAACACUAUAACGAUAGCAUUUAUCGACACAUAUGAACGUUUCCCGUCUCUUUACGAUUACAAACACCCAGAUUACUACCAACAAGCUAAACGUAGACAAACCUACAAGGAUAUGGCUGACAUCCUUCGGAUUGAACAAAAUGUUGAGUUCAGCGAUGAUGAUAUCUUCAAAGGAAUUGAGUAUAUGCGUCAAUGGUAUUUUAAGCUGAAAAAACGUCUUGGAAAGAAUUUGAAAUUUGAGUCUUUGACAAAAGCAGCACAACAUUAUGUCGAAAAGUUAGCUUUCCUUACCAGAAGAUCAAGGGGUGAGAAGCGAUUCGACACAGAUUUGCCAUGUACAGAGUGUGAUGAGUUAUUUAAAACUAAUGCAGACAGGCAGGCCCAUCUUCACACUGUGCAUAAUAUCGGUGAAUUGCCCUACAAAUGUGAUUUAUGCGAUAAAAGCUUUACCAAUAAACCCGCUUUAAAUGGUCAUAAACGAAGAUUUCAUACGGAAAAAAUACAUAAAUGUGAAUUCUGCGAUAAAAUUUACGCUAUACCAGCAGAUCUGAGAACUCACAUGGGAAUACAUACUGGUCACAAGCCAUAUAUAUGUGAAUUGUGUGGUAAAGGAUUUCGUAAUAGGACUAAGUUACGUUUCCAUAACGAUGCAAUACAUCUAAAGAUAAGAGCAUUCAAAUGUACUAUGUGCCCAAAAGAUUUUUUGAAAGCACGCGAUUUGCAAGAUCACAUAAAGGCUCAUCUUAACAUAAGAGAUAAGAUUUGUGAUACAUGUGGCAAAGAUUUUACAAGCGCCCAUGGAUUACAUCGGCACAAGCAAUUGCAUGCGGAAUUUAAAAAGUACGCUUGUAAAUUUUGUGAUAAACGAUUUUAUCAGUUUGUGGGGCUUAACUCACAUAUGAAACACCGGCAUGGCAUUUAUAAGAACGGCGGAAAGAAAAUCGAUAAAAUCCCUCACACACAGCCACUACCGCAAACAUCGACUACAAAUAUGGCCAGCAGCGUUCUCCCAAACAUUUUUGAGAAUGUAUAAUGCUGCUAUAACAACAAAAAUGAUGCAUUUUCGUGGAAUUAUUUAUAAAAGAACUUUGUACUUUACCUUUGUACAUAUAAGGAUGCAAUACAACUUUUUGAAGUAUUCGACUCCGUAUAAUGGCUAUUUCAAUAUUUCUAAUUUUAAUUUUAGUUCUUACUGUUUAAUAAAAAGAUAUUUAUAUAAGAAACACAA